AUGGCAGCCACCCCUGGAACCUCGGGGGAGCCCCUGCGGACUGGACUCGCGGGCUCUAGGCCGGCCUCGGUUUCCUCGCCCCUAAACGGGGGGCGUGGCGAGCUCGCUGGUAGCAGGCCAGGGGCCCCUCUGACCUUCAGACCCCUGUGCACCCUCGGAGUCCUCACGCCACUCCCUGCGCCUGCAGCUAAGCCCUGCCCCUCGGUCCCCUGGACAUUCCCCGGAGGGGCUGGAGAGGGAGGGUCAUCGCGGGUCCUGGUCCCUCGGCAGGCAGACCCUCGCUGACCGUGCCCCCCAGAAGGGGCCAGGAGGAGGAGAAGGAGAUGUCUCCCGUGUUCCCGGCGGCCAGCGCCCACCAGGGCCCUGUGACAUUCGGGGAUGUGGCCGUGGACUUCUCCCAGGAUGAGUGGGGGCACCUGGACCCUAAUCAGAAGGAGCUGUACCGGGAGGUGAUGCUGGAGAACUAUGGGAACCUGGUGUGCCUGGGACUCGCAGUUUCCAAACCUCAUGUGAUCCAGCAGUUGGAGCGAAGGGAAGCACCUUGGAUGCCGCAGGAAGGUGUCCCAAGGAGCUGUGGUCCAGUGCCCCCCUUGAGUCGUCCUCUUCUUAGAUCCUCCACAAACACUGUGACGCAACUCCAUGGCCUGAUUGCUGUUUCUCACACGUGAAACUUCAUCUCUGGACCCAGCAGUUUUCCUGUCUCCCGUACCUAGAAAGCUCUCCCUUCUUUGAGCUAUGCCCCCUGGCUUCUGUGGCAUAUAUUUCUAUUUAUUUACACAUUGUCUCCUUCAGUGGAAUGUAAGAUUUAUUUCUCCAUUUUUAUGCCAAGUACUAGAUUAUUUUGAUCAGAAUCAUUUGUGGUAUGUUAUAAAGUCUGGGAUACAAUAUUAACUUCAUUUUUGGGUUGAUUUUUUUUGGUGCGCCUGUUACUAUUCCUGCUUCAUUGUUUUCACAUAUGAAUUUCUUGGUUUUGUGUAGUUCUAUGGAGAAACUUCUUGAUAUUGCAUUAAGUAAUUUAUUUUUGGAGUACUGUCUUUUGUUUUUGUUUU